AUGUCUAUAUGCACAAAACUGGGUCUUACUUAUUUCCUCUUCUCAGUUCUUUCUCUGGAGGUGGAUGUACACAAGCCAUUCUUCAGACACUGUUUCUAUAGCAAGAGAAAUUCAGGCAGUGCUAAAGCCAGGCUCUGGAAUGAGACAGGGAACUGCAGAAUGGCCAAUGCAGAAGAGAAGCUAAUGAACUUUCUUCUAAACAAGACUAGGUAUAAUAACUUAAUUCGUCCAGCUGCCAACUCUUCCCAGUUAGUAUCCAUCUCGCUGCAAGUGAGCCUGGCCCAGCUCAUAAGUGUGAAUGAACGGGAGCAGAUCAUGACCACCAAUAUCUGGCUGAAGCAGGAGUGGACAGACUACCGCCUGGCUUGGAACUCAUCACAGUACGAAGGAGUGAACAUUCUUAGGAUCCCUUCAAAGCGCAUCUGGCUACCAGACAUUGUGCUUUACAACAAUGCUGAUGGCACCUACGAAGUAUCUGUGUAUACCAAUGCUGUGGUGUCCUCCAAUGGCAGUAUUUUCUGGUUGCCCCCAGCCAUCUACAAGAGUGCCUGCAAGAUUGAAGUGAAACAUUUCCCCUUUGACCAGCAGAACUGUACACUCAAAUUCCGAUCCUGGACUUAUGACCACACUGAAAUUGACAUGGUCCUCAAGACGCCCACUGCCAGCAUGGACGACUUCACCCCCAGUGGAGAAUGGGACAUUAUUGAACUCCCAGGGCGGAGGACAGUCAACCCCUUGGACCCUAGCUACGUGGAUGUGACUUAUGAUUUUAUCAUCAAAAGGAAGCCUCUUUUUUAUACCAUUAAUCUCAUCAUUCCCUGUGUGCUUAUCACGUCCCUAGCUAUUUUGGUGUUCUACCUUCCUUCGGACUGUGGGGAGAAGAUGACCCUGUGUAUCUCGGUCCUGCUAGCCCUAACUGUCUUCCUCUUAUUGAUUUCCAAAAUCGUCCCCCCGACCUCCUUGGAUGUCCCCCUCAUUGGCAAAUACCUCAUGUUCACUAUGGUAUUGGUGACAUUCUCCAUUGUAACCAGUGUAUGUGUCCUCAAUGUGCACCACCGUUCACCCAGCACCCACACCAUGGCUCCCUGGGUUAAGAUACUUUUUCUCGAGAGGCUGCCCACUUUCUUGUUCAUGAAACGUCCAGUAAGUAACCCCACCAGGCCCCAGAUUGACCAGCGCCGGAGGAGCAAGUCCGAAUCCUUCCACAAUGCCAGCACAGGCAACCUCUACAAGAAUUCCAUGUACUUUGUGAAUCCCACCUCAGCCCCAAGGGCAGCAGGUGGUACUGACAGCUCGGGGGUUCAGAAAGAUUUUCGCUUAAGGUCCUUCAAGAGAUAUCAGCCAGAAGUGCAAGAAGCCAUCGAUGGUGUGAGCUUCAUAGCGGAUCACAUGAAAAGCGAUGACAGUGACCAGUGUGUCAUUGAAGACUGGAAAUAUGUGGCCAUGGUAGUGGACAGACUCUUUCUCUGGAUAUUUAUCUGCGUCUGUGUCCUGGGGACUGCUGGCUUAUUCCUGCCUCCUCUCUUUCAAAACUACUCUCCACCCUAG